UCUAAACCACUUCGGACCCCCGAUCUUACCGAGCAAAGCAAUGUAUUCGCGCACACCUUAGUUGUGUUAAGCUCGUUGACCCCCAAUGACCUGCUUACCAUGAGGUUGGGGGCGCUGUGGGGAAGACCAAAGGGUCCGACUGUAACGACCACCGGCCUGGAAGACGCCCAACCCUGGAAUUGGCCACCGCUGGCCGGAUACUCAAUCUUAAGGCCCUUCAUUUUAUUCGCUAGGAGUCGUGCAACAUGGCGGACCCGGGCAAGAUCCCGCAGAUAUACUCGUGCGCGGCGUCCACCGGGCCAAGAAUGGAUGCAGGGUGCUUUGUUCUGCGCUUACAUCGCCAUGGGAAUCGCAGGUGCCAAUGUCAUCUUCACCCUCGUCGCAGUGGGGAUCGCUUAUUCGAGACCAUCUCAUGCGCGCAGCUUCUCCCGGUUUCAGCUGUAUCAUGGGCACUGCAAUCGAACGAGUCAUUGGGCGACAGGCAUCCAUAUUGUGAUUAAUAUCUUCUCAACCGCCCUGUUGACGGCCAGCAGUCAUGCCAUGCAGUGCGUCUGCGCCCCUACCAGGGAGGAUGUCGAUCAGGCGCACAAGCAGCGUCGUUGGCUGGACAUUGGAGUCGUGAGCUGGCGCAACUUUCGCAUUAUGAACACUAAGCGAAAGAUCCUGUGGAUACUGCUCCUCCUCAGCUCGACGCCAAUCCAUAUGCUAUACAAUUCAGUGGUUUAUGCGUCGAUUGUCACCUACAACUACGGCAUGCUUUUGAUUCCGAAUGAUUUGAGCCCGACAGAGCCUCUGGUCCAGGCGAACUAUCCUAAUCAGUUCUACACGGCAGUGGGUAGCACGCCCGAGAUAGUCCUGACCGAAAUAUUCAAUGGCACUUUCAUGAAUAUGACCAACGAAGAAUGUCUCAAUAACUAUGAUGUUCAGUACAACACUCAGCUGAGUACCUUGAUCUUCGUGGCUGAGAGGCGAUACUUCAACAACGAAAGUAGCCUCAGCGCACUGAUGGAUGGCUACACCUCGAUUUACGACUAUACCAGCGGGGACGGGACUGACAUCGCCAAGGAUGCGAUCGCAAAUAACGACUGGACUGCACAGGGCAUGACCUGGAACCUCACUGUGGACUGGGGAUACAUGGACCUGGAUCUAGCAAAAGAUAUUCCGAUCUCCCACUGUAUGGCCAAGCGCGCAAGCCAGCGGUGUGAACUACUUUUCAGUCCAUCGAUCGCACUCGCCGUCAUCGUAUGCAACAUCAUCAAGGCCAUAUGUAUGUUCGUAGCGGCUCGGACAGACCGUCCGGGGAUAUUGCUGCGAGUGGGCGACGCCGUAGCGUCGUUCUUGAGCCAGCCCGAUACAAACACCCAGGGCCGUUGCCUCAUGUCGCGGGCAGAUAUGACACAGGGUCCCUAUCAAUGGGAGCCAUUACCCGAUCGCGUGGGACUUCUUCGACGGAGAACUCGAUCGAUACAGUUGGAUGACUUGGCCGACAUCCGUCUGGAAGAUGGACACACGCUCCGCCCUGGGCUGCACGGGCAUUCUCCAAGAAAGCUGUCCGGCCGAAAACGCUGGUUCCAGGCAGCGAGUUGGAAACGUUGGAUAUGGGCUAUUCUGCUAUACUCCAUCUGUAUCGGCCUGCCCAGUUGGUGGUAUCAUGCCCUAGUCAGUCUCAGUCAAUGGUCUCUGGCUGAUCAGUGGUCACUGGGAUUUGGCAGCCCCAGUUUCGAAACGGGUCUGAAUUUCGGCACCAGCAAUAUUCUGGCCCUGGUGCUCCUGACCAAUUCACCGCAGCUAUUUUUUUCGAUUUUGUAUUUCCUCAGCAAAAACUUGUUAUCGUGCAUGCUGGUCACGGCCGAGUACAACGAUUACGCAACCCAGCGAAAGCCUCUCCGCGUUUCCUGGCCAAAGGGCAGUCAACGGUCUACCUACUACCUCACUUUACCGGCGCGAUACAGUGUACCGUUAUUCAUUAUGUCUGCGGCCAUGCAUUGGCUGCUCUCGGAAAGCUUCUACUCGGUCGACUGGAACGUGUACAGUGUAUUUGGCAAAUUCGAUCCGAAUGACUCGCCCGACGGAUGUGGAUUUUCCCCCAUGGCUAUCCUGUUGACUCUAAUUCUCUUAGGGAUGGCAUUGUCCACGCUGCUCAUCCUGGGCGCGCGCCGGUUCAAGUCUCCCAUGCCGAUCGCCGCGCACUGCAGCGCUGCAAUCAGCGCUGCGUGUCAUCCCCCGGAUGGUGACAAAGAUGCUGCUCUCCACCCACUCAUGUGGGGUGGAGUCGUUGACACAGGGGCUUCGCGUGUGUUCCAGGAGAGGCCAACCCGAACCACUACUGAGACCGGCUCUCAGACGGAGGACCCAUACUAUUGCCAUUGUACUUUUACCUCCCAAGCGGUGGUUGCUCCUUCCAUGUCCCGUUUGUAUAUAUGAUAAACAGUAUAACUCAUAGACUCUCCUUAUAAACGACGAGACCAAACAUUCUUGAUGACGAGCCGAUCACACUAUGGGUCUCAGUACUCAUCGUUCCGACGGAAGUUGUUCGCACCGCUACCCACUUCCUUUCGAAUCAGCAGUGUGAUGAGCAUCCGAGUCCGUUUUUUGCACCCCACGUAAUACGAGAUUUCUGUACACUCUACUCGUCUCAUGGGGAGGGGCGAAGACCUUCCUCGUGUUUGUUUUGUUCUUUAUCAGAGCGCUCUGUUAUCGUUCAUACAUAUGGCUUUGAGCUGCAUCUUCUUCUCGGCGUCAUUCUACUGCACCCGUUCGAAUCACAACCCGGCAAGGUGUCAUUGUUUGCCCAGAAUAACUGGGCUUGAAUUUUCAGAC